UCAUACAAAUAGCAUGCCCGUUUGAUUCUUCUUGAACACUCUUACUACAUUGUAAAAAUUUUCAGUAACCACUAACAUAAAUCACCCACAAUUCACUUGCCAAUAGAUCCAGCACAUGGCUGGAGGCAUAAAUUGAAAUUCUACUCGAUUUUCGACCACAAGAUAGGUAGCAAGAAUCUUUGAGGCACUUUCUCAGGAAAUAUUUCAUACAAAGUCACGACAGUUUUACGACAAGAUCCUUAUAGCUUAUCGAUGUAACAUUUCUGUAUUGCAAAUAAAAUGUUUUACAGCCGUAUUUCACUGUUACGCCACUGCAAAAACGGCAUUGUCGAUAUGAAUACCCACAAAAUAUUAGUGGAAUUCGCGAUUGUGGUGCUCCCGGUUUUAUGCGAAAAAAGUAUUCUCAAUACGGACAGUUUGCGGAAAAAGAUCGCAUUGGAAGUGCUGAAAGUGAGUCCAGUCAGCACUGUGGUGUCGCCGUUCGCGUUGAGCCUGCCUCUGUGUCAGCUGGCUUCGGUGGCGAAAGGACAUGCCAAGGAGGAACUUAUGUCUGCCCUCGGGAUACCGAGAGAAAGUGAGAUUAAAAACUACUACAUCAAUGUCUACAGAGAACUGUUAGUGUUUUUGAGCUCUACCCUCAUGCUGAAGAACAUGAUAUACCUAAACGAUAGCCUUGAGGUGGACCGGGCCGUAAUGAAUGCUUCGAGUUAUUACGGGGUCCGUAUAGACAAAGUCGGGUUUCGGUAUCCGAAAGCAGCAGCCAAGUUUAUGAACCAUUGGUUCGCACAAGAAACACUCUACCGUGUCGCCACUUUGAUUGAUGAAGAAGACAUCGACAUUACAACGUCCAUGGUUAUACUAAACGGCAUAUAUUUUAAAGUCGCAUGGGACCAACCUUUUGACGGUCAGUUUACAAGGCCCCAAAAAUUUUAUGACUUGAGCAACAAAAUUUGGAUGAUCCCAAUGUUUAGCAAAAUUGACAGUUUAAAGUUUUUAGACGAUGUCAACAAUCAUGUGAAGAUUGUAAACCUAAACCUCAUGGCUCCAGGAGCAACCAUAACAUUUUUCCUCCCAGAGAACAGGGCAGGUUUACCAGACCUCAUCAACAAAUUCUCCAAUGACCCUUAUCUGAUGAAGAAGAUGAUGAGCGAGUUACGAAUAAAAACGAUGCCUAUGAGGUUGUAUCUCCCAAGGAUGAAGAUUAAAACGUACGUCGACUGGACUGGAUUUAUAAGACUGAUAGGCGUUAAUGACAUUUUCUCUGUAAACGACUCUGGUUUGGAAGGGAUGCUGGGAAGUGAUUCGAGGGGCAAAGUGUACCUGAGUAAGGCGAAGCAAAAGGUCUUCCUGGAAAUGGACGAGACGGGGGUGACGUGGUUUCAGAACCCAGUUAAUACAGACAAAGAACGGGCCGCUCGCGAGUUCGCCGAGUUCGGAGACAACCUUGAACAAGUGGUGUUUGACCACCCCUUUCUGUUCGUGGUACAGUUGGCGGGCAAGGGAGAGCCCCACCAUUUGCUGACUGGCGCUUUUUACGGCCCAGAGGAAGAAGAAUAA